AAAUAAAGAGUUUUUGAGCUACUAAUGCUCAACCGUGUUUAACUGUGUGUCCCUCGGUCUUCAACAGUAGUUGUUGCUUGCGACGUGUGCUUUAUUGGCUUGUACUUAUUAUUGGCAAAUGUUUCAUAAACACGAGACUGGAAUCUUUUACAAGUAACGCAAUUUAUUGCACGAAAGAAAAAUGGCACAAGUGCCCAAAGUUCGCCUGUCGGGAGGCUUGGAGAUCUGCCGUCUGCUGAACGGCAUGUGGCAGGUGUCUGGUGCCCAUGGUCCGGUGGACCCAGAGAAAGCAGUACAGGCCAUGGGAGCCUAUGUGGAUGCAGGACUGACAUCAUUUGACAUGGCUGAUAUCUAUGGCCCAGCGGAGGAGAUUUUUGGGAAAUUCAAUGGUCAGCUGAAAUCUGCUGUCGCAGCCCCUGCGGUACAAGGCCUGACCAAAUGGGUUCCACGUCCAGGUCCAAUGGAUCGAAAGGUAGUGGAGAAGGCGGUCCAGAGAUCGAUGAGCAGGAUGCAGGUGGAGAGGCUGGACUGUCUGCAGUUCCACUGGUGGGACUACCAGGAUAAGAGAUACCUGGAGGCUCUGGGCCACCUGUCAGAUCUGCAGCAGGAUGGCCUUAUAUGUGAACUGGCUCUCACUAAUUUUGACACCCAGCGUUUGGAGGAGAUAGUCAGCAGGGGCAUCCGGAUCUCCAGCAACCAGGUGCAGUACUCGCUCAUCGACAGAAGGCCUGCUGCCAAGAUGGAGAAGUUCUGCCUGGCCCACGAUAUACAGAUGCUCACAUACGGUACUCUAGGCGGGGGGCUGAUCAGUGAGCGGUACUUGGGCUGCAGAGAGCCGAAAAGCCAGGCGGAGCUCAACACCGCCUCCCUGAGCAAGUACAAGAACAUGGUGGACAUGUGGGGAGGCUGGGCGCUGUUUCAGGAGCUGCUCUCCACCCUGAACGCAGUCGCCCAGCGCCACGGCUGCUCCGUCGCCAACGUGGCCACCAAGUACGUGCUGGAUCAGCCGGCGGUGGGCGGCGUGAUCGUGGGCUGCCGGCUGGGCGUGGCCGAGCACAUCCAGGACAAUCUGCGCAGCUGCGGCGUCGGCCUGGCCCCCGAGGACCUGCACGCCAUCCGCGGCGUGCUCGACCGCGCCCGGGACCUCCUCCUCGCCGUCGGCGACUGCGGGGACGAGUACCGGAAGUAGGCGGCGGAGAGGGGAGGGGUCGUAGAACACGCGACUUUCUUUAUGUCCGACGCAGCCGCCGCUCCUCAGCGGGAGGAGCACGCCCACGUUACGCCAGCGUCUCUGUGCCUGCAUGCUCGCUCCUCCAUACUUCAGACCAACGGAGGCUUUGAUUGUGCAAAUCACUGUAACCAUGCAUAGACAAUGUACUGCCACUUAGGCUUAAAUACAGAUCUCAGGUCACAAAA